AUGGAUUCACCAAAUUCGUUAAAGAUUCUAGUCUCAAAAAGAAUGAUUAUCUAUUGGUCAAGGCUAUUGGAACAAAGUGAUGAUGACCGAACAUUUAAUGUUUCUACAUCGCUGUUAUCUACAACAUCUCACUUUACUGUUAUUCCCGAGUGUAUCCUGCCCAAGUCGUAUGAUUAUACAUCAAAUGAUAUAAGUUCCACUAUAAAUAUAGGCAACAAAACGUUUCAUGUUAAGAUUGAAACUCUUGAUGGUAAAGUCGGUUUUACCAAUGGUAUUGAUGUAAUUGUUGCUCAGUUUCAAUUGGAGGCCGGUUGCUAUUUGUUAUUUACAAAAUUUUUUGGGAAUUAUUUCCAUGUAAGAAUUUUUGGUAAAAAUGGUGUUGAAAAUAAUUUUGCUGAUGUAGAAGUUGAUGAGGCCGUAGUUGCACCUAUUGAUUCAGUUGCAGAGCCAGCAGUUGAUGAACAACCAGAUGGUCGUCUUUAUAAGUUUGUUCGUAUGGCUUCUACAAAUUUCAGGCUGCCUGAUAAUGUUUCAAGGAUGGCUAAACUUGAUUCUGAUUUCAAACCUAUCACCGUUAGACUUCUGCAUCUGACUCAACAACAGGAGUUUACCAACCGUACCAGACGUGAAAACAAAGAAAAGGGUGUUCGUUAUGCGUUAUGCAGAUGGUCGAGAUUCAUGAAGCUGGCAUUAAGAUCUCCACCAAGGUUAAUGGAGCACAUAACUAUCGCACCAAUGGGAGUCACCGCCACCGAGCGUUCUCUCUCUAUCUCCCUUUGUCCACUUCACCACCAUCGCUGACUGUUGACCACCGUAUGCUGCUGCAAUCCGACGUCCCAGUGCCCUUGCCCCUUUACGAUUUGCCAGCCUGGUCCAAAUUUUGUAAGACUUUUCUCGUUUCUGCACAUUUACCAGGAUCAUCAUAAACCCCCUUAAUUUUUAGUCGCGUUGAUAUUCUUAUUGCUAAUUUGAAUGCCAUGUUUGUUCCCAAUUUUAUGUUGUUUGUUGUUGUAAUUUUGCUACCUUUUAUAAAUUAAGUGAUUUUAUUGUAUUGUGAAAGUUGUAUGAUUCACCUACCCUUUCAUUCGAGUCCAACAAUUUUUGUAUGUUUAUUAUUGUCAUAAUUUUAUACAUAGAAUGUAUUUUCUGCAGAUGUAAAAGAAACAUGAGAUGAUGAGUGUAUUGUGGGGUUACUAUUAAAAUUAAUAAUCUGUCUAGUAUUCAGUUUCAUUAGUUAGCAUAGUGGCUUCUUUUUAAUAACUUUCCUUAGACUGCAGGGAGUGGGGCAUUGGUUGGGGC